CCCCUCCCAACCGUGUCUGCAGACUUGGCGCGAAAAGCAUUCAAGCGCUGGCCGGGUGAUAACCCCGUGACGGAAGGAGAGCGGGAGGGGAUCGACUAGCGACAGAAUGGAGAUGCGGAGAUGUUUUGGAGAAAAGUCGGGCGUGAAGCUGGUGGAGACGGCAGGAGGACAGAACGUGAGGAGACAGCGCAGAGGCGAGAGCUACAACAUGGAACCCAUGACAGUGUUAUUUGUUUUUAUGGUGUGGAAAACUCAUGGUAUGUUCAUGUUUUUAAAAGAAAAACAUGAAGAAAGCUAAAAGCUCUAAAGCUCCUGAAAAGCCCAAAUCAUUGCCAAGUAAACUAAGUUCCUAUCCUCAACAAGAGCUUAAAAAAGGAAAAUCAGGCUCUGGAUUUUCAAAUGCAAGCUUGCUAAGCAAGGACUUUUCAACUAGCCUGAGAGCAGUUGAAACCUUGAAAGAUGAGUAUAGCAUGAUACAAAACAACAACACAGCGGAAAAUGACCUGGAAGAAAGUGUUUCAGGCCUACAUGCUUCAUCAGUUAAAAAUCCACUGGGCACCUCUGUUACAUUUGGACCUCUUCAUGACUUCCUUCAAGACCAAGAAAUAUUUCCAAUUAAACAUGUCCAGACCUUUAUACAAGGACUUCACCCAGAGAACUACAACAUUUUGGACUUCACUGGUUGUACACAAGUGACAGACUGUGUUUUCUUUGCUAUGCUGGAGCUCUUACCUUCAUGUGAAGCUAACUUAAAAAGCGUCUCUGCAGUUCGAUUAGGUGGCUGCCAUUUCAUGACAGAUAAAGGUGUAGAGUGCAUCGCUCACCUUUUCCCCUCGUUAAAAAAGCUUAUACUGGAUGGGUGUCCAUACAUCACAGAGGCAUCUCUUGCAGUUGUUGCAGAAUGCUGUCAAAACCUAGAUACUCUGCAGAUUUCUGGUACUAAUACAGUUGUUUUACCACGGAUGCUGUCACAUGUUCUUCUUGUAAAUACUUGCUGUCCCUUUGCCUCCCCAAUGGCAACUGAGAUGAUAGAUACCCCGGCAGCGGCUAAAGACAUCAUGAAGGCCUGUAUUGUGCACAAAGAAAUGCAGACAGCUGUCAGCAUUUUGAACAUUUUACACGAAGACAAAGAUUUGGCUUUUACAUUUCCUGUUUCAUACAAGCCCAGCAUAUCAUGUGGAAUGAAUCUGCAGCUAAAUGUGAUCGAAUGUGAUGAGAUUACUUUAGAUCUAUUUAUGGGUCCAGGCUGGGCAGUGUAUAUCAUUCCAGUAGAACUCACCGAAACAACCAAUAUUGAGAAAGAGGCCACGUGGGUAUUGAGCAUUAUGAUCUCCAUAUUGUGCAAAACAAGCAGUGGGGCAUUUGUUCUUCUGGGACUUAGCUCAGACCAAACCAGUGUCAUAUCUGUUGACUCAGUCAAGGAUAAAGUGGACCUGCUGGUUGCAAGUUUCCUAAGUUUUCAGCAAAGACAGCGUACUGUGAAUGCUGAACCCAAGAUCAUGGCUGAGCAGCUGAGACUUGAUCAGAUGGAGCGCAACAUUAGAUGUUGCAAGAAGCUACAGCUGACAGCUCUUAAAAUCAACAUGAAUCAGAAAGAAAAGGCUGGUAGCAUACUAAAAGAACACCUGACAGCUGUGUGUGCCAGGAAUCCUGAGGCCUCAUCUCUCUGCCCUAUGUUAUGUGACUUCCUGAGUGGAGCAUUCGAACAAGAUGCAACAGAUCUGAGUACUGGAAUGUAUACUCUUAAUAGUGCUGCUGAGAGACUUCUGCCAGGAACACAGUUCACCUCUGUACUGGAGGCCCAAGGUGCUAUUUUGUUCCUGACUAAAGUGGGUAAACUGACUUCCUGGAAACAGCCCAAUGGGUCAGACAUGUACAUAAGCACAUCACUCAUGUGUAACAUCCUUAACCAAUUGGUGUCUGCAAAGCAUGAUGCUGAUAUCAACAAUGCCAUGGUUCCUUUAGUCAGUGAUUCAACUCCAGUAUUGUCAGAAAGCAACAUGAAAGACAUUGCUGCUAAAUCCAAUGCUGACAUCGCUGUUGUCCAGAAUGUUGUGAAUGAUAUGGCAAUCUACAGCCAUGGAAGAGUAAUACCACUGUCCUAUCUUCAAGAAAAUCCUGAGAUAUCUCUGGACUCCUUUUCCACAGCAAAAGAUGAUACUGAUUGUCUGAAAGUGACUUACAAUUUUUUGCUGCCUACAUUUGUUCCCAUCUGUCUUUGGAUGAAACUAGUGGCCAGACUAGUAACUGUGCAUCGCCCACUUCACGUCUGGCGUCAUGGCAUCAUCAUACAAGAUGGAAUAGUAGAACUUCUUGUGACAUGUACAGGUGAUGCGAUCACAAUUGUUGCACAAACAAUAAAAGUGGAAAACAGCAAAGUACAGGAAGUGACCCCGCAAUGUGUCAUGCUGUUGUGGGAUUGUAUUGAGCUGUAUAGAGUAAUUACAGAACACAUCAUCAGAAUGACUGGUUUGUCUCCAGAGAUAAGACUCAUAGCUGAUCAUCCUUGCCCAGACAAGGCUACAGGAAUCCAUCAUGGGCACAGAUUCAAGGAUGGGGACAGUUUUUGCCUUACGUGUGGACAGAAUAGCUCAAAGCUGGAAUAUCUUCAGAUUGUGGACUCAGAUCUAAAUCCUCCUGUGAUAACAAAAGAAAGGGUUAGUUUUCGUAAAGGCUCUAAACAAGGCAGCGUUCAAGGGUCACAGGUCACCCUUUUUCCUGGAGUUGUAGCCAAUAUCUUGUCUGCCCUUACUGGAAUGGGCAUUCGAAGUUGUAGCAUCCUGUUGAUGGGAGGCAACCUACAAUGUUUACAGAUGAAACUAAGUUGUGCAGGUAACAGUCACCUCAUUCCAUUCUCUGGAAAACAGACAUUGUCCUUGACAAGAAAACAUUCAGCAAAUGGCCAAGCACCAACAGAAAUCUCCAAAAUGGAACCUGGAGUUAUGGUUAACAUUAGGCUGCAGCAGUCUUCAGAGUCCAAACAGGAGUGUGUUGUAGACUGUAGAGGGGUGGUACUGGCACAGGAAACCUUGCCAUCUGGGAACUGUCGCCUUGAUCUGCAGAUGGUACAGCCUGAAGAUAGUGCAGAUGCUCUUUCCCCAGAUGAUUACGUUCAGUUUUCAGUUCUCAGCCGCUCUUUUGGGACAAGGGAAGCAACACUAGAACUUCAUGUGGGCAUGAGGCUGGAGGCAGUAGACAGGCUAAAUCCACAUCUUAUUUGUGUGGCAACAAUAGCGGAUAUCCAGCAAGAAAGAGAAGGUCAUGGUGGCCAACUAUUGAUACAUUUUGAUGGCUGGUCAUCACGGUAUGACUACUGGGCAGAGUAUGACAGUCCAGACCUUCAUCCGAUUGGCUUUAUGGCAGAAGUAGGCUUUCAGAUACCAGACAUUAGAGGACAAAUUCAGCCACCAAAAGAUUAUAACCAAGUUGAGUUUGACUGGGCAACUUAUCUUCAAGAAGUAUCUGCUGAACCUGUACCUUAUGACUUUUUCACAAAUAAUCAGACUGCUGGCACCUCACCAGAUAAAUACUAUGAUGUCUGUCUUAUCCUGGGUAUUGAUGUUCGUUUCAAGUCAGGACAUCAAGCUUGCUCAGGAAAUCUAACCCAGAAUGGAGUGCUAGAAGGGCUGGUAAAGCUAAUGACAUCUCAGAGUUCUACUCAGACCCACAGCUUUGUGAAGAACAAUCAUCGCCUCUUUUGCCUCUUACCUUCUAACUUUGACCUUCAUACUCUUCGCUACCCAAGUCUUAAGUCACUCUUCAGACCAAAGACUCAAAAGCUUCAUGUGUUAUGCCCUGGCCAAGACAAUCAACAUCACUUAAUGAAUUUUGAGGGCCUGAACUGUGCCUCAGUUGUCAAGACCUACAUGGGGCUUGAGAAUUUCCUUUGUCAUGUUUACUUGCUUUUGCUGGCACAGGAGAAAACGCUACCAUCAAUAUGCAAUAACCUGUGUAAAGGUUCCGAAGAAGUGUCUCCUGAGCAGAAACACAGACUAGAAUUGGGAUUUAAGCGAGUAUAUCAUUUGUACUUGAUGAUCUUCAUUUUUCUGGGAGGAAAGUCUCUACUGCAGUCAACAGAAGAAGAAUCUAAGAAGGGACCUCAGCUGGAAGGUCAGCAUGCCUUGGAUCUUAAACGACUGCUGCAAGAAGCAUACCAGAAAAAUGCAACUUUUGCACAGCUGUUUUCCCAUGAUCCGGAGUUUACCAGACUUGAGUGCAAGGUGCACGAAGCUGCUCAUUCUGUUGGCCUUGACUUAGCAACCUUUCCAAUGGAAACAUUCCAAGGCAUGAGUGAAGACAUCAGCAAUCUGAGUAUUGCAAACAAUAAAGUGGACCACUUGCCAAGCACCUUUGGCUCCAGUUUCCCCAAUCUUGUUCACUUGAAUUUGUCAUGCAACCGCCUUGCAGCACUACCUCCUAUGGAUGAGAUCAAGAACUUGGUUGUGUUUGACAUUAGCAAUAACUGCCUUACUUCUGUGGACCUGCCAUCACACUGGAACAGGUCUUUGCAAGAACUAAUUAUCUCCCACAAUCCUCUGCACAAACUGCCAUCCUCUUUGGAUACCAUGGCAUCUUUGACCAAGUUGCUGGCGGAUAAUAUUGGAUCACUGGAUUCCAUGGAUAGCAUUUGCAGUCUUAAGAAACUCAACAUUUUGUCACUUAACUACAAUGUCAUCACGUCUCUGCCAUCUGGCAUCAAGGACCUGCCUCUCACAGUAUUAAACUUGGCAGCAGUUCCUUUGAUCAAACCUUUGCCAUCUUCAGUAGCAGCUUACUCACUAGAAGCAUUUAUUGCAUUCUGUCAUCAAUGGACUGCCACUUCUCAUAUGCUUGAUGAGGAACUGAAAGCCAUCUUCACGCUUGUGGACAAAAGCAGUACCAAGCAGGUUGGCCGUGAUCAAAUUGGAUUUUUAAAUGAGCAGUUGAUGAUGUGUUUACCACGUCUUGGACAGACAGCACAAAGUAUUGGGACAGUUUUCCCCACACCACUUCUAGAGAUAAGUGGGCUUAACAAGCUGGAUCUAAGUUACCAGGGCAUUGUCACAGUGCCAGAUGACAUCAAAGCCAUGAAGAACUUGCAAAUUUUAGUUCUUACAGGAUGUCAGAUGCUGGAGAGUUUGUCACCUGAACUUGUAAAUCUGCCAUUAAAAGAAUUAAACCUACAUGAUUGCCUGUUGCUGAAGACACCACCAAAGGAAAUUGUCAGACGAGGUUUCAGUGCUGUUUAUGGCUACUUAAGGCGCCUUUUGAUGGGCUCUUCACCUUGCAAGCGCACAAAGCUCAUGAUGGUAGGACUUGGUGGAGCUGGUAAAACCAGUCUUGUGAGAGCGCUGACAUUGGAGAAUUUCAGAAUAAACUAUGACUACAAUGAAAUGAUCACAGAUGGUAUUGACAUCAGUAAAUGGAAUGUGACAGUUCAGGGGGAGAGAGAGCCACUGCAGUACAGUGUCUGGGACUUUGCAGGGCAAACUGUUUAUUACAACACACAUCAGUUCUUCCUGUCCAAUCGGGCAGUCUACCUGUUACUGUGGAAUGUCCGUCUGGGCUAUGAGCAUGCUGGUCUUGAUUUUUGGCUCAGCUCUAUUGCUUGCCAUGCACCAAAGGCACCGGUGCUUGUAGUGGGAACACACUGUGACAAGGUUGAGAAGUCUGUCAUCCCCUCAGCAGAGCUCAAGCAAAAAUUCCCUCAAAUCACUGGCUUUCAUUUUGUUAGCUCCUACACAGGGGAUGGUUUGCCAAAACUAAGGGAAGACCUAAUUGCAGUCACACUGACCCAAAAAUACAUGGGUGAGAUGAUUCCAGAAGCCUGGUUAAACUUGGAGACAGCUUUGAUGAAUCUACGAACAAUGCAAGGAAAAAAGCUUCUGCCCUGGACUGAAGUGGAGAAGCAGGCCAACGGGUGUGGAAUAUUUGAUGCUGUUGAGAUCACCCAAGCAGUUCAGUUUUUGCAUGACUUGGGCUCCGUGCAGUUCUUUAACACAGAGUUUCUAAGAUCAAAUGUUGUGAUUGAUCCUCAGUGGAUUGUUGAUGUUAUGGCAUGUGUUGUCACAGUUCAUACAGGACCAGUUAAGGAAGGAGUUCUGCACCACAAGGAUAUGGCUGAGGUUUGGAGCGAAUACCCAGCUGAACUUCACCCCUGGCUGCUACGUCUGACAGAAGAAUUUGACCUGACCUUUCCUUUGCCAGAGACUGAAGCAAACAUUGUGCCUUGUCUUCUCCCUGAUGUUGCACCCCAGUAUGAGUGGCCAGAGCCACAACGUGAGAAAGGUGAACGAGAAACCAAGAUGAUUUACAAGUUUUUCUACCUUCCAGUUGGUCUCUUUAAUAGAGCACAGGCAAGAUUGCACACAUUUGCAGACAGUGUUGUGAUGUGGAAGAAAGGCUUCCUGUUAAAGAAAAAUCAGCACCAGGCUCUUAUGCUGCAAAUCAGCAAUACUGAAGUUCAGGUGACUGCGCAAGGGUUCAAACCAGAAAACAUGCUGUUUCUUGUGCAUGAAGUUUUUGAAUGUCUGAUCAGUGAGUCUUACAGUGGUGUCACCUAUGACUUUCUAAUCCCUUGCAUGGAGUGUCAAGCACAGAAUCAGGUUGAUCUCUGCAUGUUCCCUGCAUCAAAAGUGCAACGAGCUAUAGAGCACAAGGCUCCCUUUCUCCAGUGUGACCGUGCUUUUCACAUCAUUUCUUUGCCAGAAAUACAAGCCGUGAUGCCUCCAGACCGCAACUCAGACUUUGAUGAGCACUUAAGGCGAGGUGUGCGUGAAUUGCACACUCUACAGGAGGACCUGUCCAUUAGCAUAUUUUUCUGCUAUUCAAAGAAAAAUGUUCCACUCUUAGAAGAGGAAGGAAAAGUUGUCCAUCCUGGAAAUGUUAUUGAGGAUCUGCGGGCUACUGGGUACAAAGUCUCAUUUACAGACCAACCAGAAACUGAUAAUAUGGAGACGCUUACUCUUUCUAUGAAGUCCUCACAGGUGGUCAUCUUUGGAAUUUCUGAUGAGUUUGUAUCCAAUGAGCAAUGUCACAAUCUGAUCAUCUAUGCAAAGGAAACUUUACACAAACCAAUCCUACUUAUAACCUUGGGCAAAACAUCCAACUGGUUGAAACAGAACAUCAGCAUUGUUCUUGGAGAUGAGGUGUAUGUAAAGAUGCAGGACUUGACUAGAUAUUCUGUGAAGAUAAAAGAACUGACCGAGGCUGUGAAGACUAAAGCUGGUAUCAAAAAGAUGCAAGCGUACCCACAGUGCUUCAUCAGUUAUUGCUGGGCCAACUCUCUUACUGCUGUCCAGACCGGUUCAUCCUCAACAUCCAAAGCUCUUGGGUGGGGCGAUCCCCGGAAGUUGAAAAAAUUUCUGGAAGACAACGGUGUGACGUGUUGGAUCGACACUGAACAAAUGGGGCAGGAAGGAUUUUUCGAAGACAUUGCAGAAGGUUUACGAAAAGCCAACGUGAUGAUUGCAUGCGUUUCGAAUGAGUAUGCCGAGUCUAGGAACUGCCGGAUGGAGUUUCGCUUUGGCUUGUCCACACUUCGCAUCCCUAUCAUUUUGGCAGUGGUUGGAACUGGGUAUCAGUGGGAGCGUUCGCAGGUCGGCAUGAUCGCAGUGGGUCAGGACUGCCCAAAGGUCAACCUCCAGUACGAAAAUCGGGCGGGGCUGCUAGACGUUCUAGCCCUCGUCAAGAAGGCUUUGCCGGCAGAGAAUGAUGGCCAUGCAGAGGUGACUCCCCUUGGUCAACGCCAAAUUGCUUUCCAGGAAGUGCUGGAACUGACGCAGCGAAAGUUCCUGAGACAGCUGACGUCCUACAUGUCGGCCAGCGACAUGCACGACUUCCCGCGCCUCGUCCUUGUCGAUCUUGUCGAUAAGAGUCGGGACGAGCAGGUGGUGUCAUCAGGUGACGACACCAUCAAAACCCUGCACGACGGGGGCGGGGAAUGCGAGCAAGAGAAAGGCGAGCAAGAGAAACAAGAGAUGAAACAAAAAUUGAGCACGUCCGUAGCGACCCAGGUCUACUGUUGCCGACUGUUGUGUGAGUGGGAACUGGGGUGGCACGAGACGUCGUCUUGCCUCCCACUGUCUGUCGACCACGUGACUGGAGCGGAUAUGCUCAGUGAAGUAGCGCCAUACUGCGCGCGCAUCCUGGCCAUUCUCAAGCACACGUCCUUGUCCUUACCGAUCCUGACUUCUCCCGCUGGAGAACUACUCUGUAAAAAGUUCGAAGAGUGGGGCAGUUCCCGUGGCAGCAGUGAAUUCCAGGAGGAGUACAAAAAGAUUCUGGAACUGGCGAUCGAAUUAGACGUGAACAAAACUUAUGGUGGUCUGUUCAGAUGUCAAAUGACCAGCGGCAAGCAGCUCUGGCUGUGUUCGGAGCAUCGUCAGUUGGUCAGCCGCCCGCUGGACGAACGAGCAACCAGCAGCACCCACACCACCGCCACCAACGAAGUAGUCGACGACAACGAGGCGACAAGCGCCUCAACUCCUUCCUCUGAUGCAUUUCCUGAAAGCCGUGAAAACCAGACAACUGCAGACGCAAGUGGGUCAGAAGAACCUCAGACUACCUCUCCGGUGCCAGAAAACCAGACCCCAGUCAGGCAGGUUCCGAGACCACUUCUGCGCCGUGCAACUAGCAGAGCUUGUCGCCUGAUGUGAAGUGCAAAGGGCGUGACGCAGCGAGGAAGUGUCGCCUAAUUUGAUUGCCUCGUUCCGCAACAAGUAUAUUGAAAGUUUCUCUAGCUCCGACCAUGUGUUUAAAAGGAUGUUGAAGGUUGAACGACAAAGAACCAAUUAAAAUAAUGUUCAAUUAGAAGCUUUUCUUUUCAUGAACAUAAAAUCGAAUUUUCAAACCAUUCAACCUCAGUGAUGCUGAUUUUGGUCUCCUAAUGACUGCUGAUAUGACAUCUGGCAAUUAUGUUUCUCAAAUCUUUCUGUUUGUCAAUUAUGAAUAUUAUAUUUAUACUAUUAAUAUUAAUGGUAUGCUCGUGUUCCUCUAGUUCCGAGUAUAUGUGUGUUAAAUGAUAUAAAAAAUAAAUAUCAGAGACCCAGUAAAAUAACGUUAAAAAUAGGAAGAUACGUCGCUUUUCAUGAACGUAAUAUACUUAAGGUUUAACAUUAUAUCAUGUCCCUCUAGUUCCGUCCAUAAGGGUGUAAAAUGAUAUAAAGAAUUAAAGGCAGUAAAAAUAAAAUGCUAAAUUGGAAGUUUUGCUGUUCAUGAUCAAAUGCUCUAAAUUUAGCAACCAUAAUCUCAGUGAUGCUGAUAUCGUCUGGCAGACAUUUUCUUUCUGAUAUAUAACAUUUGGUAAUUGUGUUUCUGACAUCUAUCAGCAUGUUUAUUAUGAACAUUAUGAAAGUAUAGUACUGUGUUAUUCAAGUCUCCUAGAAUUAGCACCAUUAAUACUAGAGUUAUGUUUAUAUAGUCAUAUUAAUGCUCUUAUAGUGUUUGUUUUUGCGAUCAGUUCCUAUUGUUAUUGGUUGAUGACCCGUAUUUUGUUUACAUACUUUAAAAGGUUAGAAGUUCUGCCGCCCGCUUUAUUCUUAGAAAUAAAUAGAGACAUGUUAGCCUUCAGUUAGCGUCCAGUUCUAUCUGCAGUGGCGGCUCAGACACAUGAAACAAAACUGUCUGUACUUUUUUUAUCACUAUUCGGAUUCCUCUUGUUCGCUCCCUUCCUAUUUUGUUUCAGAAUUCCUCACUCCUCUGCUUUCCUACAGCAGAUGACCUCAUUGUGAUAAUAACAUUUAUCCAAGGGAAAACUUACGACUAACGUACUUUCACGUUAUUGUGCAACAAAAUAGUGGAUCUCCCUUCUCGGUCCGAUAGCGACACAUUUUUUUUGUAACCAUUGCUCCUCGCUGAUAUUGCAUAAUAGUGUCUAAUUAAGGAAUUGUCUAAUAUCUUAACGGUAAGAUCAUCUUAAUAUUACAGAUUUUUUGCUGACAUGGUUUUAUUUAAAACAUUGAUGCUUUCAUGUUUGAUUUUCAUAUGUGAUUUGUGAUAUUUGAGCUUUCGAAUUCUCGAUGUUUGCCAUAUUAUGUACUUUGUGUAGUUUAUUAAUUCUGCUCCACUGUAAAAUGUGUGGUUAGACACUGAGUUAAGUGUGUCACGUCGUAUUGUAUGGGUUUCACUCAGCAAUAAUAGCAGUAGUUGUGGUAGUAUUGAUGUUUUUCAUGUGCGGGGUUUUUCAUGUGCGGGGUUUUUAAUCGCAUAGAAACGUGUCUGAAUCACGUAAAAAUAAAUUACUAAGGGGUCUGUAACCGUACUUACUUUGGGGUCGUAAGUGUUUCGAUCGGUGAUCUCAUCGUUUCAGAUAUUUUGAAUAAACAAAACAUGAAAUUUGAUAGUUCAUGACGUUCUCAAGCGUCAGUAACGGUUUUAUGGUUAUAACGGACAUUAGGAUUAAAAAUAAAUCACGAAAAUAUUAAAUAUUCAUUGCUGUGUACUUCUUCAACUACUGAUCGAUAAGACCUCCAGUAUUUUUAUCAGGGUAAGGGGGAGCUUAAAAUUCCCGAAGAGUUUUAACUGAGGGUCUGACAACCCCUUGAAUGUUAUGAGCCUUGUUCGUGUGUAGCUCAGUCUUCACGAUCUGUCUACCUCAGCUCAGCUGUGCACAGUACGUCCUUCGAUAUAUUGAAACGAGCUUCUUCACUUUCCGUCCAGCAUUCAUUGUUGAAUUAUUUGAGGACGUGGGUAACAGCGGUAUCCUAUGACAUGGUUUGUUAUUUACAGAUCACCGGCCAGCAGUGAAACGGGUUGUGCCGAUAUCCCACCAAACCCUCUCCUUCUCGUCGUAUUUUUCCGGUUUUUGCUGAUUUUAGACACUCUGUAUGAAUAUUCUAUCAAAUUUACUGUCUCACUUUAAUCCGUCUUUAUACGGAGUGUUGUUACUGCGUGACUCCUGCCACCGGUGAAGAUUUUUUAAAAGUAAUAUUUUGUGAGUUUUGAUAUAUCUUUUAUUUUUGCUGUUCAGAGCCUCAAUUUAUACAAUAAUUUGUGUUGUGACUUAAACCCCAAAAAGAUUUUGUUGUCUGUGAUAUACGCUGUAUUAUUUUAAACUUUAAUUGAACAAUACUCCAGAAAUUAUUUUGGGUCACUUGGUGUAGUUUACCUCAGAUUUUCUUAACUUUGCUCAGAUUGCUCAGUAACUCAAAGCUCACAAGCUCAUACAGUGUCACUAUUUGACAUUGUUGCUUGUUUUAUUUUAUUUCACAUAUAUCCACUGAUCUUAUUAGUACUGCAUAAUUUAGCAUAUUUGAACGAUAUUUUGAUUUAACGUAGACAAAUUGUAUUCAAGUGUUGAGAAAAUAAAGUGUAGAUGUCACAGAUA